CCUUUCAAUUCCUCUUGUAUUUGUAAGUAUCUAAUCGAAGCCCUUCCCCUUAAACCCUCCUUCUUUCCAUUUCAAAAACCUUAUCUUUUCACCAAAGCGGAAGCAAAGGCUAACAAGAAAGGAAGCCAUGUCUGCAACAUCUGCCUUAUCUCUCAUUCUCCCAUCUCUCAAUCCCAAGACCUUAUCUUUAUCCAACCCUAGAUCCAUAUCACUUUCCGUCUUCUCUCUUUCUCACAAGCUCCAUGCAAAGCCUCUAUUCUGUUCUGCUCUUCAAAGCUUCGAGCUUUUAACCAAGAAGUCUUCUUCUUCUAGGUUUGUUCGAAACGUUGCCAUUUCAUCUGAGUAUGGUCAGGAGGAAGACCUAUUUGGAAGUGAUGAUGGAGAAGAGGCUCCUAGUUUCUCCCCGGACUUGAAACUUUUUGUGGGUAAUCUUCCUUUUAGCGUGGACAGUGCCCAGCUCGCUGGCUUGUUUGAAAGUGCUGGAAAUGUUGAGAUGGUUGAGGUGAUUUAUGACAAGGUAACUGGGAGAAGCAGGGGAUUUGGUUUUGUAACCAUGUCCACAGCUGAGGAAGUUGAAGCUGCUGCUCAACAGUUCAAUGGCUAUGAAUUGGAAGGGAGGGCAUUGAGGGUAAACUCUGGACCUCCUCCUCCUCGUAGGGAAGAAUUUUCUCCUAGAGGGUCAAGAGGUGCUCCAGCUUUGGGUGCUUCAAAUCGUGUCUAUGUUGGUAACCUUUCAUGGGGUGUUGAUGAUUUAGCACUUGAAACCUUGUUCAGCGAGCAAGGCAAGGUUGUGGAAGCGAAAGUCGUUUAUGACAGGGAAAGUGGAAGAUCAAGGGGUUUUGGCUUUGUAACUUACAAUUCUGCUGAAGAGGUUGACAGUGCCAUUAAAUCCUUGAAUGGUGUUGAUUUGGAUGGCAGACCAAUUCGAGUCUCUGUGGCAGAGUCUAGGCCAAGGCGUCAAUUUUGAGUGUGAAUGUUUCAUACUAGUACUGCUAAAAUUCUUUGGGGACACCUAGAAUAUGCAGCUGGAAGCUGGCGGUUGCAACUUUGUGCUCUUCUUGGGAAUCUGCAAACAUCCUUCUUGUACCAGCUGCAUUUGUUCUUUUCGACUUCCGCACUAGAUUGGAAAGAGCCAAUGAUAUCCAUUGAAAUAUUUUCGCUGUAUGUUCUAAGUAUCAUGAUUCAGUAACUGACAUGUAGCCUAAUGUUUUGCCUCACUGGAUAGAGUUGCUUCAAAUUAUUGACUUGUUUGGCUCCGUUGUAUGUAUAUGCUGCUCUGGAAGGUCUAUGCUUGUUCAUUAA